GGUCGCAAUUCUCACGGGUCGCUUCCGGUGAGGAAAGAUGGCCGCGGCCGCUCGGGACUCACGUGUGGGUGCGGGGAAAAGGCUGAAAAAUUCACUGAAGAAGAAAAAGAAGAUGAAAAUGGUAGCCCAGGCAGUGGCUUCGGAGCUGGAAGAAGAGGGCAAAGACGCUGCCGACAGUGGAGGUUCUGUAAGAAGCUGUGGGCCAGAAAAGGAUCACUUUUCUUCUGAUGAUGAAGCGGCGGAAGCUGAUAAUGAAGAUGAAGUUGAACCCAAUGGCAAUGAAAAUGGAAAUGCACCCGAAGCUAGUGUUGGAACUAAUGUGGGCUGGGCGGAUGCCAUGGCCAAAAUUCUUAACAAAAAAACUCCUAAAAGCAAACCCACGAUUCUGGUCAAAAACAGAGAGCUGGAAAGGGAAAAAGAAAAGUUAAAACAAGAGAGACUGGAGAAAAGAAAACAGCUCGAUAAGAAGCGGGAAUGGGAAAUGAUGUGCAGAGUAAAGCCAGAUGUUGUCAAAGACAAAGAAACAGAGAGAAAUCUUCAGAGAAUUGCAACAAGGGGUGUGGUACAGCUAUUCAAUGCUGUUCAGAAGCAUCAAAAGAACGUUGACGAAAAGGUUAAGGAAGCCGGAAGCUCAAUUAGAAAACGUGCUAAAUUGAUAUCGACUGUUUCCAAGAAAGAUUUCAUCAGCGUUCUGAGAGGGAUGGAUGUAGGUACAAGUGAGAAAAGUUCGAGUGGAAAGAACUUGAAAGCCAAACAGACUGAAGGGAAAUUAGAAGAGGGCCCUGGAUGGACAAUCCUACGAGAUGAUUUCAUGAUGGGAGCGUCCAUGAAAGACUGGGACAAAGAAAGUGACGGCGCGGAUAACAGCAGACCAGGGUCUGGAAGCGACUCCGACACAUAGGCUGUAGAGGAAACGCAUGUACCGUCGUCGUGUUUUUCCUAGAAAAAUACCUCAUGCUCUCUGAGUUGGACAUUUAUAAAGCUAAAAUUUGUAAGGAAUCCGGAAGACUUUUACUAUUACCAACUUGGUGUUUUUCCUUUUCAUGAAAACUUUGUGAAAAUUAGGUUUUCAGACUAUGUAUAAUUUUAAGCAUUGUUCCUCACAACAUUUGUGAAAAGAAGUGUUCCUUAUUGAUCAGCGAGAUGGCACAAUUUGCCAGGACAUUAUAAGUUUUACACACUGGUCUGGACAUUGGUGUUUUCUUCCAGUUUCACUAGUUUCUAGAAAUACAGUACUCUUCAUAAUUAAAAAUGAACUCCUUGAAGUCA